ACUAGCGCAACUUUAUUGUUAUUUCAACUGCAGACAGUCUCUUUGCGAGUGGUUUGAAAUGCCGUUGCUCCAUCACAAAUGUCUUUAUUUCUGAGUUGUUUAUAGUAACAUUGCUCAUGUAGUUGUCUUUUAAUCUAUUCAAACCCUGCAAUAUAUAUUUGGUGACAAACUACACACCUGGACAUAAUUUGUGGCAAAAAAAACCUAUGCAGUAAGGGAAUUUUUAAAAUACUUUUCGCUGCAUAAUAAGGCCUCAUCGAUCCUCGGUCUUUUGUACGGAUUUUAACCGAUUUCGAAUGCUUGGCCGGUGGCCUCUGCAGCAACCAGACAAUAAAAUCCCGGUGCCUGACCAUGGCCAGUACAGUGUGACAGGCACCUAGUCCCAGUGAAGUGACACAACCGUUAACCUGUUACUGGCACUGCCCUGUGCUGCUUCAGUACCCUCACCAUUUUAACUAUAUAUAUAUAUUAAGCGCUCAAUGCAACCCUAACCUAUUUCCAAUUUAGACUAUCAUAGAUUUAGGUCUAACUGUCAGUCAGACACAGAGCAGUGCUAGUUCCCAUACACUCCCAGUAUGGCGUCGGUUCCAGUAUACUGCCUGUGUCGCCUACCCUAUGAUGUCACACGCUUCAUGAUCGAGUGUGACAUCUGUCAAGACUGGUUCCAUGGAAGUUGUGUUGGAGUGGAGGAAGACAAAGCAGCAGAGAUUGACCUGUACCACUGCCCCAACUGUCAGGUCACCCAUGGGCCCUCUGUCAUGAGAAAGCGGCGUGGAGGAGCCAAGCAGGCUGAUGCUGGAGCCACUGGAGGAAGAGACACUUCUGGUCGACCGGUAAAGACUGGCACUCCACAGUUUGUCAGAGAGCUACGUAGCCGCACCUUCCCAAGUGCUGACGAGGUGCUGUUGAAGCCGUCGGGGGCCCAGCUGACUGUGGAGUUCCUGGAGGAGCGUUCCUUCAGUGUUCCCGUGAUGGUCCUCAGGAGGGACGGCUUGGGCAUGAGCCUUCCCCCGGGGAACUUCGGAGUCAAUGACGUAGAGCACUAUAUUGGUCCAGACAGGGUGGUUGAUGUGAUUGACGUGUCUCGCCAAGCUGACCUGAAGAUGUGUCUAGGGGACUUUGUGGAGUACUACAACAGCCCGAACAGAGACCGAGUCCUCAACGUCAUCAGCCUGGAGUUCUCUGAGACCAGGCUGUCCAAUCUGGUGGAGACUCCAAAGAUAGUGAGGAAGCUAUCGUGGGUGGAGAACCUGUGGCCUGAGGAGUCAGUGUUUGAGCGGCCCAAUGUCCAGAAGUACUGCCUCAUGGGGGUCAAGGACAGCUACACGGACUUCCACAUCGACUUCGGAGGCACCUCUGUCUGGUACCAUGUACUACGGGGUGAGAAGAUCUUCUACCUGAUCUCCCCCACGCCAGCCAACCUGGCCCUGUUUGAGCGCUGGAGCUCCUCGUCCAAUCAGAACGAGAUGUUUUUCGGGGACCAGGUGGACAUGUGCUACAAGUGUUCCGUCAGACAAGGGAACACGCUCUUCAUCCCAACAGGAUGGAUCCACGCUGUGCUGACUCCUGUGGACUGUGUGGCCUUCGGAGGGAAUUUCCUACACAGCCUCAACAUUGACAUGCAGCUCCGAGCAUAUGAAAUAGAGAAGAGGUUGAGUACAGCAGACCUGUUCAGGUUUCCAAACUUUGAGACAGUGUGUUGGUAUGUUGGCAAGCACCUGCUGGACACAUUCAGAGGUCUGCGAGAGAACCGCAGACACCCUGCUUCCUACCUGGUCCACGGAGCCAAGGCCCUCAACAAUGCUUUCCGCAUGUGGACACGCAAAGAGUCGCUGACUGACCACGAGGUGGAGAUUCCAGAGACCAUAGAGACUCAGCGUCUAGUGAAGGACCUGGCCAAGGAGAUACGACUGGUUGAGGACAUCUUCCAGCAAGGCCGUCCUGCGGCUCCUUUCACCUCUACACAGGGCUUCCCCACCCCCCUCCCCAAAGCCUCCCCUCUAGCUGUCUCCCAGAGUCCAGGCCGCCCCCCGGGGAAGAAGAGAGGCCCCAAACCCAAGGAUAUGUCCCCCAGCCCCAAGAAGAAGGGUCAAAAGGGCUUAAUGAAAGAGGCAGGCGAGUUGGACCUCCUGGAGAUCCACACCAAACACACACUGAAGAAAUUCCAAUGUGGAAACAAGAAAAACAAGAAGAAGUUAGAGCUGCCUCUGGAGGAGUUUGCAGGGAAAAUGAGCAAGAGCAAAUUGAAACUGGUGCUGACCAACGGCAAAAUACAGGGGAAGAAGGGUGGUCGUUCAGGCAUAAGUAACAGUGCGCGCCGUGCAUCUCAAUUCCAGCACCAUGCUAUGGGAGGGUCUACCUUGUCAGAUUUUGAGUCCGAGGACGAACUGCAGAUUGAUGAAACUCCCCCUCCACGACGCAAGGCUGGAGGAUCUAGCAAGAAGAAACUCAGUGGUCUUCCCCGGAAGCUACCAAGGGCCAAACCUUGCUCUGACCCCCAUCGCAUCAGGGAACCCGGAGAGGUGGACUUCGACAUUGAAGAGGACUACACUACAGAUGAGGAGGAGACCGUGACUGUCCAUGGAGUGAAGGGUGGAGCCGGGGGCAUCCUGGACCUGCUGAAGGCCAGCAAACAGGUGGCAGGGCUGGACUCUGCUCUCAGUAAGGAAGCGCCAGCCUCUCCCAGCACACGAGAAGCCAUUCAGGGAAUGCUCUCCAUGGCCAACCCUCCCUCUUCUUCGUCCUCCUCCUCUUCCUCACCUCUCUCUGUCUCUGGAGGGCUGUCUGAGGGACUGGGAUUAGUCAAAGAGAAAGGAGGGAGAGCCGUGUGGGUGACAGGAGACAAUAAGAGCAGAACAGGAAGCGCCUCUAAAGAGAAGACGACGUUCCAGCGCCCCGGGAAACGGCCUGUCAAGCGGCCGGCCCGUCACCUUAGUGAUGAGGAGAGCACAGAUGAGCAGGAGACUCUUGGCACCUGUUUUAAAGACGCAGAGUAUGUCUAUCCGUCCUUAGAGUCUGAUGAGGAGGACCAGGUCAAGAUGAAGAGGAAGAGGAACUGGGGCGACACUCCUUGGAGCCCCAAAGCCCGGGUGACCCCCACCCUGCCCAAACAGGAGCGCCCAGUAAGGGAUGGGGCCAGAGUGGCGUCUGUAGAGACUGGCCUCGCUGCAGCUGCUGCCAAACUGGCACAACAGGAGAUCCAGAAACCCACCAAGAGGAAGUACACCAAAAAGCCCCGCCCUGUUGCCCCACCACAGCCCCCUCAGGCUGAGCUGUCCCCUCCCUCCCCCCCUCCGGCCCCGGAGCCUCCCACCCCUGACUUCAGCCCUGAGCGGAGGAUGGAGUGCUACUCUGCCAGCCUACUGGACCAUGAGUACACGGCAGGCCCUGGCCCGUUCGGCCCUGGAGGCCCCAGAGGGAGUGCUGCUAUGGCUCCUGGGGUAUUCCUCACCUCCAGACGACCCUCCCUCUCCCCCCAGAACAGCAGCACUUACUCCCCAUCAGCAGCCUCCACUGCUGGGCUAGCCAGCCCCGGCAGCACUGGAGCUGGUGGAGGGAAACGUCCAAAGAAAGGACUUGCAACAGCAAAACAGAGACUAGGAAAGAUUCUGAAAAUACACCGCAAUGGGAAGCUUCUCCUGUGAGAGAUGGAUGGAGAAAGAUUUUUAGGAAUGAUUCUCGGAGGAAAGAUGGAUGUAAUUUUAAAGAGAACUUGAAGGACGUGACUGCUUUAAGAGACUGUGUUUAUUUUUUGUUCUAUAAUUCAACUUUUGUUCAUCUGGUGUCCUCACCUAAACCUGUCAUCCACUCAUGUUCCACCCUAUACCCCUUCCCAGUCCCCUUUAAUAAUCAAUCAUUGCUUGAAUCUAUAUAGCGCUUUUCUAGCGCUGAAAUAUUCACAUUCUGCUUUGGUACUCUGCUUUCACAUUUGGGAUUAUUCAUACCUUCAUAUGAAUAUAUUGAGAAGCAUCUCAACAUUUAGUUGGUCAUGCACCGCUCAGAUUAAUGGAAAACAUAUGGUCAAUUAAUUGAUCUGUCUAAUCAUCAAUCAAACCAUUUAAUUUACAUGAAGGAAUCAUGUAUUUAUCAAAUUGGCAAUGAAAAAUGUCUGAUCUAUUUUAGUUGAUAAGUGAUAUAACCCAUGAUAUGACCCAUUAUUCAUUUGACGUGGGUCUACUUUGUGUGCACAAGCGCACAUGCUUGAAGGCAACGGGGUGAAUGUUUUAAAUGGGAAAUAAUGUAUUUCCUGACAAUUCAGUCAAAUGGGAUUUUGAGUUAGUUUUUAGUUUGAUAUUGACUAAUUUAGUUUGGGAUUAUUUAUUUUCAAAUAGCUUUUAUAUUUAUUUUGUGUUAAUCGGAAUGCUUGCCAUUCCCUUUCCAGUUCUGUGUUGUCAUCCAUGUUCUCACCUCACUUUCAACACCUCAAGUUCACUCCAUCUUUUGUAUUUAUUUGACUAAUCUAGGUUAUCCCUUUUAUUCACCACCUGGGUUUUUCUUUUUUUCCCAUGUACAUAGCAACCAAAGCUUUUUAAAGGCACAGUGCAGUCAAACAUGUAUUUUUUCCUGUGUUGUAUAUAUAUUUUCACACUGAGGUUGGAAUAAUAUUGUGAAAAUUAUGAUUAUUCCCUUUUAGUGUACAACCUGUUUGAAAAGUCCACCUGGAAUUUCAGCCUGUUUUAGUCGGAUGGAGUAUUGGUCUGCCUGGUGACUAAAUUAGUUAAUAGACCAAUAAGAAAGAGUUCCAAACCACUGACAAUAACAGCUAGUUUUCGGUUUUCCCCUCCCCACUCAGACCACUCCCAGACA